AUGCUGGCGACGAUGGGCUACAUCACCCCAGAGAUUACCGGCAAGCUGCCAGGGUACUUGUCGCCGUCCGCGGGCCUGAAGUUCGCGGACAUUCCGAACGGGCUCGGUGCGAUCUCCAAGGUUCCCGCGGCGGGCUGGGCGCAGAUCGUGGCGUACGGCGCGUUCUGCGAGCUGUCCCAGGACCAGUCCGCUGGCACCGCUGCCGCGGCGGGUGACUUCGGGUUCAAGGUGCUGACGUCCAGCUUGGCUUCUGGGACCCUGCUGGGUUCGCGGCGGAUGGUAGCACGGCUAACUUCGCCCGCCGGCGCCAGACCGAGCUGA